UAGAACAACAUGGAAGCACACUUGAAGAGUUGUAGACUUUUAAUUGUCUUUGGUCUCAUUUUGUCUGUAUUUGGACAAUGGGAAUCCCAAGAUUACUUAAGAAGAGAACACACAUUGACGAAACCUUAUCAAGGUUCAGGCAUGGCAGUGCCCCUGUGGGACUUCCAGGGGUCAACACUCGUGACCAACCAGUACAUCCGACUGACCAGUGACCACCAGAGUCUGCAAGGGGCCAUCUGGAACACUGCUCCAUGCUAUGUGCAGAGCUGGGAGCUGCAUAUUCAGUUCAAGGUUCAUGGGUCCGGGAAGAACCUUUUUGGAGAUGGAAUUGCUAUCUGGUACACCAAGGAAAGGAUGCAGAUGGGUUCUAUCUUCGGCAGCAAGGACAACUUUGUUGGACUGGGCAUCUUCCUGGACACAUACAGCAACCACAAUGGGCCACAUAAUCACCAGCAUCCGUACAUCUCAGGGAUGGUGAACAACGGCUCCGAAUCGUACGAUCAUGACACCGACGGCACACACACACAGAUAGCAGGGUGUGAGGCCCCGUUCCGGAACAAGGACUACGACACCUUCGUGGCCAUCCGAUAUGAAAAUAAUGAAUUGAAAGUAUCUUCAGAUAUUGCCAAUAAGAAUGGCUGGGCUGAGUGUUUUCAAGUGGUGGGAGUGAAGUUACCUGUGGGCUAUUACUUUGGUGUGUCAGCUGCAACAGGGGACUUAGCAGAUAAUCAUGAUAUUAUUUCAAUGAAAUUUUAUGAUUUGGAUAAAGUAACAGAUUCAGAUAAGAAAACUGAGCCACCUUAUACCGGCUUGCCAAUGGCGGAGCAUAUGGAGGCCCCCAGAGAUCGUGUUGAUGACAACAAAGGCUCGUAUCUCCUGGGCAGUCUGACUGGAUGGAAGCUGUUUGUUGUUAUUUUCCUCAUCCUCAUCGGCAUCAGUGUUUGUGGCAUUGUUGGAUUUGUUGUUUUUCAGCGCAACCAGGAUUACUCUCGAAAACGAUUUUACUAAACCUUUUACCUGGUGUAUAUUUAUUUAAUAAGUGGAUAAUAGUAAGGUUUUGUCAGAAUAAAAUUUUUUGUCGGAUGAUUACGUAUAAGUUUGUGAUGAAAGUAAAAAGAGUACGAAAAAUAUUUAAAAAGAGGUGAUGGGGUUUUUAAGCACCAAUUUAUUCAAAAUGGUUUAUUUUUGUAUAUUUGUAUAUUUGUGGGACUGAUGAGUGAUAGUAUGCAGGCCAUGCAUUAUUGGAAUACAUUUUGUAUGCUGUAUGACUUGAAAAUAUAUAAUGUGACUUCAGUCUAGCUAUUAAGUUUCCAAGGCACAUAUGCUUGACAACAGGGAGCACUUCGUGAUGUGAUGGUGAUGACUCAAUACCUCUAGUAUCCUGUGUGUUGAAAAUGGGAGGGGUGCACAAGUUCCGAAAUGCAAACACUUGUUUAUUUUGUUAGAAGGCAUUUUCUUACACAUGUUAUGACCAUGUCCAAAACAAUGAACACAUCCAAAGUAAAAUUGUAUUCAUAGUUGUUUAUUUGUCAUAUUUAGUGUCAUUUUGAAAGCCCUGUAAUCAACGUAGAUAUAUAUCUCACUUCAUGUAUUUGGGAGUUAAAAAUCAUUCAUGUCUUCAUCUUAUUAAGGGGGACACGGGUGGCCCAGUCAUUUAAGGCGCCGUGAUUCGCUGUGCAGAGUUGCGUCCCCUGGACACGCCAGAAACCUAUGAUUGUGGGUUCGAAUCCCGGUUCACCCCGAUUAUGUUUCUAGAUUUGUCGGCACCAUACCCGUGCUUGUGGGUUUCACCGAAGUGGUAAACGUCUGAGACCUGCAUCACUUUGGGCUUUCCUUCCACAUUAAGCUGGCACGCCGUGUUAAAAGCGGUGUUAAACCCAACUCACUCACUCACUCAUCUCAUUAAGGAUUAUUCUGUGUUAAAAUGGUUUUUUUACAUUUGUGAGAUCAAGAUGAAAGAAAAUAGGAAAAUGUGUACAAUUAAUUACAUAUAAUAUGUCAGUUCCAACUGAGUGUAGCCUUGUUUCCAUGACUACCAUCAAUGGAGCAUCAGCAUGUAACCCCCAAAUUGUCCUCUUAACAUGAAUAUUCUGGGCUAGUUUUGCUCUUGCUUUUGGUCAAAAGCAUCAUCUGCAGUUAUCUGAUGAUUUUGUUUUGUUAUUUUCUAUUUUUUUAAUGUGAGUAUCAUACAUCAUACUGUUUAUGACCUUUAGAGCUACUGGUAUGAAACAGUUUGACAUUUGUAAUACUGCUCACAGUGUCACUGGAAAGGUCCAUAACUUGAAUGCAAUGCUGUGAUGUUUGAUGUUAAAGACUGUUUAGAUUUAGUAACCAUUAUCAGGAACUAGGGCAUUUUGUGUUUUGUGUCUACUUAUGUGCCUACUCAAAAUUUCACUCAGAAAUUUCAGAAUAAAAUCAAAAUGUAGUCUCACUUUCUUCCUUCAGAAGUGUAAUGUUUUCAAAACAAUACUUUUCCAAUUAGUUUUCCUUAUUUAAAGGUAACCAAACUGAAACUGUUUUAUGAUUUGGCUUGUGUUUAAGGUUGUAUUUGUACAUACUUGUUGAAGAGGAAAGAUUUUCAAGCACUGUCCAAUAUCUGAAAGUGACACAAUAUCAAAAGCUCACAUUUAACUCCCCAAUCAUCUUUGACAGAAAAUAAUUUUUAUUUCAAAAAUUAAAAUUGGUUAUUUUGAUUCUAUUUAUUAAAUUAAUGAUUAUAACUUGAAAACUACUGCAUGGAUUCUUUUCAAAUUUAGGACACUUUCUAAACUAAUAGGAGUGGGGCUGUGCGAAGCUUGAUUUUGAUAUGUGGAUUUUCUGCAAAAAUAUGAUUUUUUCUUUUCAUGUUUUGAACUUAGACAUAUUUUUUACAUCAACAUUUGAAACCUUAAUUGAUUCUUUUGAAUUGGAUGUGUGGUUUCUAUACCUUUAGGGGAGAUGCAGUGCAAAUUUUGAUUUUGAUAAGUGGAUUUUCUGAGAAAUACUGCUUUUUUAUGUUUUGAACUUAGAAAUAAAUUGUAGUCGAAGUUGGGGGUGUUAGUGAGCCCUGCUCACUUUCUGCCUUGUUGUUCCUUACUCAGCUACAAGUAAACCUGUAGUCAAUAUAUUUAUUUGAGAGAUUGCUUUUCCAAAACUUCACAGCAUUCCAGAGUGUAUAAAAAUUGUAAGCCAGAAUUGGAAUGAAAAGUUUUUGAAGUUUCUGCCCAUAAUUAGUGAGCUGGGUCUCAAAAGUUUGGCAAUACUUACUUAAUUGGCCCUGAAAGUUAACCCCACAUAAAAAUAUUCUUCUGCAGUGAGAACUGAUAGUAAAUUCAAGUUGCCUUGUUUAUCAUAUGCAAUGUUGUAAAUAACAGUAUGAAAUGCAUUUGACUUGUGUAACUUAAGUUGUAUAUGCCUGCUCUGUCAUAGGUGUAUUUUUAUUGUAAUAAACUGUGCCAUAUCUCUUGCAAAAACUCCUUCCUGAUCUAAUGUUUUGUAUUCAUAUUUCAAACUGCAGUACAUUCAGGAGAUAAACAUUAUGUGUUGUCAGAUUUGUGGGUGUUAAUAUACUCUUAUUGAGUGUUCAAUGGCCAGAAAUUUCAUUUGGAAGUGAUGUAAGUGUUCACAGCAGUAACAGGGUUUCAUUGUAUAAGUGGGUGCAUAGUGGAUGGGGUAGGUGCUAAAUAACACUCAUCAUAAGAUGUCUAUGGAAGUGCCAAUAUGAUCAUAUGUAACCAUGGUAACAGCUUAUGGGUUGAUUUGAUUUUCUGAGGGGAACUGGUCUUUUGGAUUUUUCUUAAGAAAAAUAAAUUGUUUUAGAAAUUAUUGUUUAUUUUUUUAAUUUUCUUUAGGUUUUACAAACAAAACAAGUUGUUUGCUGAAAUUGCUCUGUGUCCUACAAGAUGUGUUCUGCAUAGCAAAUAUGAAGAUCCGGGGUAGAAUAGGUCUUCAGCAACCCAUGCUUGCCGUAAAAGGUGACUAUGCUUGUCGUAAGAUGCCACUAAUAGGAUCGCGUGGUCAGACUCGCGGACUUGGUUGAUGCAUGUGAUCGUAUCCCAACUGCGUGGAUUGAUGCCCAUGAUACCAAUCACUGGAUUGUCUGGUCCAGACUUGAUUAUUCAUAGACCGCCGUCAUAUAGCUGGAAUAGUGCUAGCGUGGCGUUAAACAACAAACAAACAAACAGAAAAUAUGAUUGUUCGUCUCUCUUCAGAGAAAAUAAUUUUAUGCCUUGAAGCAGGGACUGAAAAAAAUCUAUAACAAAUAUUUAACACCCCAUCCUGUAUAGUAAAAAAUAGGGCCCUUAGUGCAGUCAGAAGUCAUAGUGCAUGAGCAUAUCAUUUGGGUAUUGCACUAGGUUUUUUUUACCUUUUGGUGAUAGCAUGGAGAUGAAAAUAGGAUGCAUGUGUAAGGGGUACGUUUAAUUUUUCUAGAUUUGUUUGAGACUUUGUUACAUGUAUAAAAUAUGCAGAGACAGUGUGCCAUUUAUUGAUGAUUGAAAUGUUCUGUGAACUAUUUAUUUGUCUGUUGAGUUUGGUUGUGGUCUUUAAUCAAUGAAUGUCAUGCAUAAGAACAAUGAUGCAGUGAAAUUGCCUCAUGAAUUGAUAUGUUAAAUCGAGGUAACUUUCAUUGCACUUACUCAUGGAAAACACAACAUAUUGCGCAGAUUUUACACAAAGUUUGUGUCACAGAAAUUCAUAUAUUCCAAUUUUUAAUAAAUUUUUUAACCCUAUGACUAUCAACCAUUUCUUCUGGGGGCUAAUUUAUGUUUUUUACUCGAGUAAUAAGCAGUUAUGUACCAUCUGAUUUUGAUGAGUGUAACUUGAUAAUUGCAGUGAUGUGAUAAGAAAAUGUUCAAAUUGUUUUCUUGCCCCCCCCCUGACAUUCAUCAGCCUUCUCCAUGUUGUCUGUGUUAAGAAAUGUUGAAGUAAACUGUGCUCUGUAGCAGUGUCUUGUCAAUGCAGACAAGUGUUGCCCUCUGUGUCAUCAUAUGAACAGCUUCACCUGUAACAGGUGGUUUUCUGGUUUGUUCAAGAACUUUACACAUGCACCUUCUGUAAAACCACAAAUGAAACAUUUCAGGAAAGAUUGGCUUGAGAUUUAAAGGGUGUAUUCAUGCAAUACUGCAUUGUCAAAGCAACUUGAGUCAGUUACCUCUGAUUUUCCUGGAUUAGUUUGAAGUGUAUAAUCAUUUCAAGUGGAUUAUGAGCUUUAUUAAGAUGAACUCUACUUUCUCCCUGUUGCUCAGUGAGCCAAUUCCUGUUCAAAAUUCCAUUGGAAAGACAAACUUUCAGUAUUGUUAUUAGGUCUUUUGCUCCAAUUGAGUAGCAUGAAAAGAUUUGUACAGUGUAUUGGUUUGUAUGUUCCAUGUUAAACAAUGUGUUCAAAAUAUAGCCUCUAAUGUGGUGAUAAUACAUUUUAGAAGCAUAUUUGGUCUUUUGAAGGCCUACCCUUUCAUUUGACUAUUUAAACAGAACAAUUCUUCCUACUUAUAAUGGUCUAGAGCUAUCAUUUCACCUAUCAUUCAGUCUGAGGCACUGCAAUUUACUGUACGGAGCCGCUUCUUGUGCCAGAAACCCCAUUUGUGACCAACUUGUGUUAUUCCGGGACAAGCCAAAUAGUGACUCGUGCCCCUCUCGUGGCCAUUUUUGUGACUGGGUUCCGUCUAAGUGCAAACAGGCAUAAGUAAAAGAAUUGUCAACUAGUUGCGUAAUGAUUCACAUAUAUUUCCCCCUGUGUCAUACAUAUUCCAGAUGUUAUUUAAAACACAUCGGGACUUACAGUAUUUUUUACAGUAUGACUGGACACAUUUAGCUGUACCUAGCGUAUAUUUUUAGAUGCAAGACAUGGAUAAAAUCAAAAAUUAUUCCCAAGGGAUUCUUUGAUCGAAGUUCUUGAUGUCAUACAUACAUUCUGAUGGGUUUGUCGUAUUUUUGCACAUAACUUUCAUUGAUGGGAAUGAGUCUUCUUGAAGGUUACGGAAAGGGGCAAGUGGUGACGAAUGCCAGAAACCCAUGAUCAUACGUUCACAUCCAGAUUUGGCUCUGAUUAUGUGUUUUAGUUUCACUUGGGUGGAUUACUAAACAGUUAAGACCUGCAUCACUUAGAGCCUUCCUCCCACAUCAGGCUCUCCAUAUCAUUAUUGAAAUACAUUUCAAGCAAAACUCACUAAAUUUAGUUCCUGCAAAUGAAAUUUGAAUUAAUAUGAAUCAGUCAGAUGAAUCAGUUGAUUCAUAUUUCAUGUUAGUUAAACGUUUUUAAAGUUAUUGCAUUACUUAAGGAUUACAAUCAGACAGUUAAUAUUUCUGACUCACUAAACACUGACACAUUUCAGACUGAUUGAUUCAUAGGAUAUUUACCACUACUAUGUCUUUUAUGGAAUCCUUUUCGGCAGAUAUUUGAGAUUAUAUUGUGAUUAUUUUCUAGCGUUGACGUUUUAUGCUUAUGUGAAUUCACCCACUGCGAUACUUUCCCAUACUUCCGUUCAUGUUUGUUCAUUUUUGUAUAUAGCUUUAAAAAACAGAUGCUUUCAUUUCAAAUUGUAUAAAUAGGUCAAUGUAUGGAAAUUUUAAAUAUCAAUAGAAUUACUACAUCUUAUCAAGUAUUAAACAAUAGUUCAAAAUCUAUAAAUUUAAAAUGAUCAAAUACUAAUUCCUAAGACAUUAUUCAUACCUCUUUUAAAGAAGAUAUUCCAAGAUAGCAUAUAUACAAGUUAUAGCUUUAGUUCAUGCCAAUGGUAGAAUAUGGGUAGUAGAAAUUUUUCAUGUGAACAAUAUUUAGCAAAUUUUGGAGAAUUUCAGCUUCCAGGUAAUAGUGCUUCCCUCAACUGCCAGUAGUGAAAUCCAGCUCAACAGAUGAUAUUUUCAUAUGUUUUGUCUUUGAAAACAAGUUCCUUUUGUACAUGAUUGUGGUAAAGUUGUAUGAAAGUGGACUGAAUGUUUUGCACCCUUGCAACACCUUGAUAUAGAGGAUUUCUGUUGUGAAGCCGUGGAAUGAGGAUGAAUGGAUGGAUGUCUUCCCACUGAUGGGAGCUCGCCUUACAAUAUGUUUGUGUGAGCAUUUGGUGACAUUUGCCUGUAAAUUGAUAAACUGUACUCACCUGACUUUUAUUUAUUUAAGAUAAUGGGCUUAUGCACAAAACAUGUGUCAAUGUUAACAUGUAUUGCCCUUCUAUCAUGCAGAGAUAGGGAUCACCAAAGUACUCCACCAUUGAUCAUCUUCCAGAGGCAAGAAUGUCCACUAGCCUUUUAUCCAAAUCCUGUUUUCACCCUUGCCACACCAAGCCCACUUUCCUGUGCUAAAUAUGAUUGGACUAUCGCACAUAUCGAUAGUCAAGUCAGAGAACGUUUCACGUUUGUUGACAAGGCUUUUUAAUCUUUUAAACACCCAAACGGUUGCCUAUGUUUUUGUGUCAGAGAUGAAAUCACGAAUGUUUUCAUUUACUGUUUGACGAGGUCGUCGCCAAUGGCAGUCAGCAUUUUUGUGAAGCUCUACGAGAUAAGAACAGCGAUCUGAUUGGAUAUCGCAUUUUCAUUACAAGGGGCACAACUCGUGAUCAACGCAAGGUGGUGCCAGGGUCAAGAAAAGUAGCCAUGAUGUGUCAAGGGUAGAAACUAGGCUUUGAUAUAGGCUGGUGGACACGCUUGCCACAGGAAGAUGUCCAUGAAUAUUCUUUUUGCGUUGAUACAAUUUUGUUAUAUUUUGUUUGUAACAUCAUGUAUCUAACCAAAAGGAUACAUGUAUACAUGAUAAAGAUAUGUAAUAUGGGUUGAAAAUGAAUUUCUUUUGUGUUUUAAAUAGGUCUCAACAUGCUCAAUCCAUUUCAUGUCUAAUGGACCCAGGUGUAUUUACUUUUCUCUUGUCAUUUUCUUUACUAAUGCAAUAUGGCUAUAAACAUGAAACAUCAAUGUCAAACAUACAUGGAUUUUAUUAUAUGGCCUUCUGGAGAUAUAUCUUUAUCCAGUAGGGAUGGGUAUUGGAGGUUUAAAGUGUAUCACAAUAGUUUGCGAUGCACAAGGCCCUAUGGUGAGACGUAUCACCAUAUAUGUAUAAUUCUAAAUUUUGAAUUCAGGAGCAACCUAAUACAUUAAGGUAUGAAUUGAAGUUCAUAAAUGUUCAAGACAAGAUGCUGGUACAACAUAAAGUUUACUCAGUCAAUAAAUACAAGCGAUUUGGGGGCCUCGGAUGCAUGCUCCAGGGCCGCGAAGGCAUUUGGCAAGUCUAUGACAUUAAACACAUGAUAAAAACCGCUAUUUGAAAUCACUUUAUAUAUUGAGCAUGAAAAAAUGAUAUUGUGAUACAUGUCACAGAAAGAAUGAACCUUAAUAUACCAAUAAUACUGGUAAUAACGCACACCCUUAGUAUCCAGACAAGGUAUAUUGUUGACCCCUCUACAGAGCUACUCCAGAAAUCGGAAGAAGCAUUGCCAUACUUUGACAUGCCUUCCAACUGUGUUGACAUUUUAAAAGCUAUUCGUUAUGAAGGAGAAUAUUUGCAUCUGAUUGUAUCUAUCCAGCACUCCUGCAAUUCAAAAGCAUUCAAUUUCCUAGUGAUGUUAAAUACCGUUCAGGUAAACAAAAACAAGCUUGUAGUAACUAUGUGUGACAGAUGUUUGGAAGGUGAGUUUCUGUACCUGGGUUCUGGAUGUUUUGUUGAACUAAAGGUUGAAUCAAUAAAUGCUUAAAGUUGA